UGGACUCCGAUCUCAAGUGAAGUGAAGAAAGUUUUUCAAAAGUUCCUGGAGCUGUUGCGAGUCACACGGCAGCCGAGUCCGAGCUGCAAAAGGGAAAUACGGAUUUGGACUACAUCGAAAACGCUCUCAACUUUCUAUGAUGUAUUAUUGCUGACAUUUCAUAAAAAGGAGUAGGAUCGAGUUUCCACAGAAAUGGGAUAUUACAGACUUUGGAUAUUUCUGUCAUUUUUAUAUCUGGCGCACAUUUGCGAAGGACUGCGCUGCUUGGAUACAAACAGACCGUGCGAAAAUGGAGGAAUGUGUAUCGAUUCAAAAUGCUUGUGUCGGCCUGGUUAUAUUGGUUUACUCUGUCAGCAUUUGGACCCGUGUCACCGAUCACCUUGCCUAAAUGGAGCCGCUUGCAAGAGCCAGAUGGCCAAUGGAAUCCCACAGUACACCUGUGUGUGCCAGCGAGGAUUCAGAGGUCAGGACUGUUCCCUGAUCGAUGCGUGUGCCACAAAUCCCUGUGCCAACGGUGGUCGUUGUGCCAAUUGGAAUAAUCACUACAACUGUUCGUGCCCACCUGGGUAUCAGGGAAAGAACUGUCGCAAUGACAUCGACGAGUGUCGCAAACCUGGAAAGUGCCUUAAUGGCGGCAUCUGCAUGAACACGCAUGGCUCUUUCCGCUGCGAGUGCCAGGCUGGGUACAGUGGGCGGACAUGUGAGGUGCCCACCCAGCCAUGUGCCCCUUCGCAGUGCGUUAACGGAGGCACCUGCCAUCAGACUGGUGACCACACCUACCAAUGUGCUUGCAUGCCAGGAUUCCAGGGACACAACUGUGAGGAAAACGUGGAUGACUGCCCUGGACACAAGUGCAUGAAUGGUGGGAUUUGCGUAGAUGGUGUCAACACGUACAACUGUCAGUGUCUGCCCGAGUGGACAGGGCAAUAUUGUGCCGAGGACGUCAAUGAAUGUCUCAUGCAGCCCAAUGCUUGUCACAAUGGUGGUACGUGCUUUAACACAAUCGGCGGACAUACCUGUGUGUGCGUCAAUGGUUGGACUGGUGAUGACUGCAGUGAAAACAUCGAUGACUGUGCCACUGCUGUCUGCUUUAACGGUGCCACAUGUCAUGACCGAGUGGCGUCAUUUUUUUGCGAGUGCCCAGUGGGCAAGACAGGCCUGCUCUGUCAUCUAGAUGAUGCGUGCGUCAGUAACCCCUGCAACGAAGGUGCAGUUUGCGACACAAACCCUCUGAACGGCCGCGCCAUCUGCACCUGCCCCGCUGGUUUUGUUGGCGGAGCCUGCAACCAAGACAUGGAUGAAUGCUCCAUUGGUGCCAACCCCUGCGAGCAUUUUGGGAAAUGUGUAAACACAGAGGGCUCGUUCCAGUGCCAGUGUGGACGGGGCUACACCGGCCCUCGCUGCGAGAUUGAUAUUAACGAGUGUCUAUCCAUGCCUUGCCAAAACGAUGCCACCUGCCUGGACCGCAUUGGAGAGUUCACAUGCAUCUGUAUGCCUGGCUACCAGGGGAAGUACUGCGAAGUGGACAUUGACGAAUGCGAGAGCAACCCCUGCGUAAACGAUGGCAUCUGCCGAGACAUGGUCAACGGCUUUACCUGCACCUGUCAACCAGGGUUUACUGGCACCAUGUGUCAGAUCGACAUUGAUGAGUGUGCCAGCACUCCCUGCCAGAAUGGAGCCAAGUGCAUUGACCGUCCCAACGGGUACGAAUGCCGCUGCGCUGAAGGGUUUGAGGGAAGGCUGUGCGAGAGCAACAUCGAUAACUGCAAGCCUGACCCAUGCCACCAUGGCACUUGCAUAGAUGGCAUUGCCAGUUACACAUGUAACUGUGAACCUGGCUACACCGGUUACCGCUGCGAGAACCAGCUUAAUGAGUGCCACAGCAACCCCUGCCAGAAUAGCGGCAAAUGUGUAGACCUAGUCAACAAAUACAUCUGCCAGUGCCAACAUGGCACCUCAGGCACAAAUUGUGAAAUCAACUUCGAUGACUGUGCUAGCAACCCUUGUGACUAUGGAAUCUGCAAAGAUGGCAUAAACCGCUACGAAUGUGUCUGCAAACCCGGUUUCACUGGACCUCAAUGUAAAGAUGAGAUUGACGAGUGUCUGUCUAACCCCUGUCGCAAUGGCGGGACCUGUGUAGAUGAUGAAAACGGCUUCCACUGCCAGUGCCCCGAGGGCUUCCAUGACCCGUACUGUUAUUCACAAGUGGACCAGUGCGCCAGUAACCCAUGUUUGCACGGAACCUGCAUAGAAGACCCCAACGGGUAUCGCUGUGACUGUGAGCCUGGAUGGGUGGGUAAGAACUGUAACCUGGACCGAAAUGACUGUUUGAACAGCCCCUGCCAGAAUGCAGGCACCUGUUAUGACCAACUUAAUGGUUUCACCUGCAAGUGUCGGCAAGGUUUUAGAGGUAACCUAUGUCAGGUGAACAUCAAUGAGUGUGCGUCUAGCCCAUGUCUGAAUCAAGGCACCUGUGUGGAUGGAGUCGCCAGUUUCACCUGCCUCUGUGAGCCACCUUAUAGUGGACCCACCUGUGCCGAAUUGUUAACACCUUGCUCACCCAAUCCCUGUGCCAAUCAUGCUGCCUGCGUUCACACGGCCGACUAUCUGGGCUACCAGUGUAACUGCCAACCUGGAUGGCAGGGUCAGCUGUGUACUGUUGAUAUAAAUGAGUGCAUGCCUAACCCGUGUAAGAACCGUGGCACCUGCACCAACACUUUGGGUGGCUAUGUAUGCUCCUGUCGUGCUGGCUACACUGGAGCCAACUGUGAAACAGAUAUCAAUGACUGCUCACCAAAUCCCUGUCUGAAUGGAGGAUCCUGUACAGAUGAAGUGGACUCAUUCCGCUGCAACUGUCUGCCAGGCUUCACGGGGGCACGCUGUGCUAAUGAGGUGAACGAGUGCCAGAGUGGUCCCUGCCAGAAUGGAGGCACAUGUACAGACUAUGUGAACAGCUACACCUGUACCUGCAAACCAGGCUUCACUGGCCUCUUCUGUGAGACCAACAUACCAGACUGUACUGAGAGUUCAUGUUUUAAUGGAGGCACCUGUUCUGAUGGGAUUAAUGGCUUCAAAUGCACCUGCCGCUCGGGCUUCAAGGGAGAUUAUUGCCAGUACGAGGUGAACAAGUGUGACUCUCAGCCGUGCCUUAAUGGAGGAGUGUGCCAAGAUGCCCUGGAGUCAUAUCGAUGUUCAUGUCCGAAAGGAUACUUUGGAACCCGUUGCCAGUCCCCAGUUGAUUGGUGUAGACCUUCCAACCCCUGCAAAAAUGGUGGUCGCUGUCGACAGAAAGAUGCCUCCUUCAUGUGCGAGUGCAUGAGCGGUUGGUCAGGUCGUUUUUGCGACAUCCCAGCAGUGUCCUGUGAACUUGCGGCCAGACGGAGAGGCCUCCAGACAGAUGAGCUUUGUCACCACGGUGGACAUUGUGUCAACACUGGAAACACACACUAUUGCAAGUGUCCCCCAGACCUUACAGGUAGUUACUGUGAGUCCCAGUUUGAUCGCUGUGAGGAUAAACCUUGCCUCAAUGGUGCCACCUGCAGAAGCUACAUGGGAGGAUACACUUGUGAUUGUAUGCCUGGUUAUGAAGGGAACAACUGUGAACAAGAAAUCAAUGAGUGUCAGUCUCACCCAUGUCAGAAUGGAGGAACCUGCAUUGACCUUGUUGGCCACUACAUCUGCUCCUGUCCUCCCGGCACGCUGGGGGUUCUAUGUGAGAUAAAUGAGGAUGACUGCGCGAUCCCCUCGUGGCCCAGGGGAAUGCCCAAGUGCCAAAAUAACGGUACUUGCGUGGACAGGGUUGGAGGGUACCGGUGUAACUGCCCUCCAGGAUUUACCGGAGAACGCUGUGAGGGAGAUAUCAACGAGUGCCUGUCAAACCCCUGCAACCCUUCCAACAGUCUGGAUUGCAUACAGUUGCCCAACGAUUACCAGUGUGUAUGCAAGCCCGGCUUCACAGGGCGAGGGUGUCAGAAUAGAUUCGGUUUGUGCGAGGCUCAUCCCUGUAAGAACGGAGGAGCGUGCUCCGUGUCCAGCAGUUCACCACCGGGUUACACUUGCACCUGUCAGUUUGGUUAUGCAGGUGCUAACUGUGAGAGGAGCAUAAACUGCAAAGAGCUGCCCUGCUACAAUGGUGGGGGUUGCACUUUAACCUCACGGGGCGCACGUUGCACCUGUCUUCAGGGCUUUGCCGGGCCACAGUGUCAGCAUCGCAGCAACGAGGGAUGUUCCUCCAAGCCCUGUCACAAUGGAGGCACGUGUACAGAUGAAACCAGUUUCCCAUUCUUCCACUGCCAGUGCCAGAAAGGCUGGUCUGGCAAACACUGUGAUAUCGAGGCCAGGAUAUCAUUGCCUUCCCCUCCAGCCUGCCCAAUUGCUGAUUGUCACGGCAGAGCCAAUGAUGGUGUGUGUGACAAACAGUGUAAUUCGUUCGCCUGUCGUUGGGAUGGAGGUGAUUGCUCUCUGGCUGUAAAUCCAUGGGCACGCUGCGCAGACCCAAAGUGCUGGCGCCUCUUUAACAACAGCCAGUGUGAUGAGUUUUGCAAUAACGCAGAUUGCCUUUACGAUAACUUUGACUGCAAGAGAAAGAGAAACAAAGAGAAAGUCUGCAACCCCAUCUAUGAGGCAUACUGUACUGACCAUUACGCAGAUGGGCGCUGCGAUCAAGGCUGCGAUACUGAGGAGUGUGGCUGGGAUGGACUGGAUUGCGCAGGAAAUAUACCGGAAGACCUUGCGAAAAAUCUUUUGGUUAUCGUUGUCCUCCUGCCUCCAGAUGAGCUGCUAAGGACACAAACGGCAUUCCUGCAGAAGUUAAGCGCCAUUCUCCGUACCACAGUGCGUCUCCGCAUCGACCGGAAUGGAGAGUUCAUGAUCCGACCAUACACGGGCCGUGAAGCACGCCCUAAACGGGAGCUUCAAAAUGAGCCAGAGGUCAUUGGAUCAAUUGUAUAUUUGGAGAUAGACAACAGGCUUUGCUCCCAGAAUUCAGAUGAUUGUUUCCGCAAGGCUGACACUGCUGCCGAUUACUUGGGUGCCCUAUCAGCAACGGAUAUGCUGGAUUUCCCGUUCCCUCUUAAAGAAGUUCGCAGUGAAGAAAUCCCUGUAAUUUUUCCUGAAUGGGCUAAGCUACUGUUGGUGGGGGUAGCUUCUCUCUUCUUGAUGGUGAUCUUGAUGGCGGGCAUGUUAAUUGCACGCCGCAAACGCGAACACAGCACACUCUGGUUUCCCGAGGGCUUCUUCCUCAAAAAAGAAACGAGCAGUAACAAAAAUCGCAGAGAACCUGUGGGCCAAGAUUCUUUGGGCAUGAAACACAUGCCAAAGACAGUGGAAGAGUCUUUACUGGGAGAUCACAGUGACCAGUGGAUAGAUCCAGACUUCCCAGAAGCCAAAAGACUUAAGGUGGAAGAGCCCAGCAUUCUGUUAGAUGGUGAGGAUGCAGUUGACAGCAGACAGUGGACACAGCACCACUUGGCAGCAGCAGACAUUCGUAUGCCGCCCUCAAUGGCACUCACACCCCCACAGGGAGAGUUUGACAGUGACUGCAUGGAUGUCAAUGUCCGCGGCCCAGAUGGUUUCACUCCCCUGAUGCUGGCAUCGUUCUGUGGAGGCGGGCUUGAGCCAGAGGUGAUGGAAGAUGACGAAUCUGAAGAAUCCUCAGCCAACAUCAUAUCUGACCUCAUUUACCAGGGAGCAUCGCUUGGUGCACAGACCGACCGCACUGGAGAGACCGCUCUGCACCUGGCUGCACGCUAUGCCCGAGCCGAUGCAGCUAAAAGGCUACUCGAUGCCGGGGCUGAUGCAAACGCGCAGGACAACACAGGCCGCUCACCUCUGCAUGCAGCUGUAGCAGCUGAUGCUCAGGGGGUCUUCCAGAUUCUGAUCAGGAAUCGUGCCACAGACCUGGAUGCACGCAUGUAUGAUGGCUCCACUGCUUUGAUCCUUGCUGCUCGUCUGGCUGUAGAGGGAAUGGUGGAGGAGUUGAUCACCUGCCAUGCUGAUGUCAAUGCUGUUGAUGAAAUCGGAAAGUCAGCAUUGCACUGGGCAGCAGCGGUGAAUAAUGUUGAAGCCACAGUGGCCUUGUUAAAGAAUGGAGCAAAUAAAGAUAUGCAGGACCUCAAGGAGGAAACUCCACUAUUUUUGGCUGCCCGGGAAGGUAGUUGCGAGGCAGUGAAGGUGUUGUUGGCUCACUUUGCCAACAGAGAGAUAACGGAUCAUAUGGACAGACUUCCUAGAGAUAUUGCGCAGGAGCGUAUGCACCACGACAUUGUACAAUUACUGGAUGAAUAUAACACAGUAAGAAGCCCACAGGGCCACGCAGGACCUGGUCACCACAUGUCCGGUGGCCACACGCUCUCACCGCUCAUGUGCCCUCCCAGCAAUUUCCUGCAAGGGCUUAAGAGCACCCCGCAGGGUAAGAAAAACCGACGUCCAGGGGCCAAAGGCAUGGGUGGACCGCACACCACCAGCAUGAAAGAUUCAGCCAAAGGUCGCAACAAAAGGCUGACGUUGGACAUGCAGAGUGCUCUGCUGGAAAGCUCUGUCACACUGUCCCCAGUAGACUCACUGGAUUCACCACGCGGAGGUGCCAGUAACGCUGGCUACAUCACAAAUCCGACGUCACCGGCUGCCAUGCCAUCUCCUGGACUUUUCCAUACCUCCAUGUCUGUCCCUAACACUCCCAUGGUGCACAGCAACAUUUUGGAUGGUAGCGGCCCUUUUGCCGUUUCCCUGGCUCAGCUGAGUGACUUAGGUGACGGUGGGCUGUCCAUGCAGGGCCGUGUGGCCAUGCAAGGAGGCGGAGUCAAUCAAGGCCCCCACAACUACGUGCUGAAUGCUGGCCAGAUGAGCCUCAACAUGGGCCUGGUGAGUCCAGUAAGCGUGCCGUUUGACUGGCACACCCGCAUGCCUUCAUCUUCUCAGCCCAUGGUCAACAUGGUGCAUCCAGCAAGUAACCAAGCAGGCAUGCAUUCCCUGACAUCUACCCUGCAACAGAAUGGCAUGCUCAUGCACCAGCGGCAAGUUUUCCGUACUGACCAGCAGUCAAUACUCCAACCUACGCCUGUUUCCAGCACGCCCACUAUUAGCCCUGUCAAACUGCCCCCUAUUGCAGAGCAGCAGCAAGCGCAGCAGCUUCACAGCCACACCCUCUCCCGCAUGUCAUCCACUCCUCCGACCCCGCAGCAGGCACAGCCACCUCCAGCCUUCUAUCAGCCGCAGCCUUCCCAAGCACCAGCAGCACCUCAGGCCUCGCAAACACAGGCUGUCCCAUCUCAGGCACCCCCAGCACAGGCGAGCGGAAGCACAGCGGUCCUUGAGGAUUACCCCACGCCACCCUCACAACACAGUUACACCUCGGCCAUGGAUGCUACACCCAAGCAUUACCUGCACGUUCACAGUGAACAUCCUUACCUGACCCCCUCUCCAGAGUCUCCAGAACCCUGGUCCAGUCCCUCCCCUCACUGCGUGUCUGAUUGGUCUGACUCCACCCCCAGCCCAGCAGUCACGGCUCCUGCCCAAACCCAGAUCUCCCAUGUCCAGGAGUCCAAUGGGAAGAUGCAGGUGUUUGCUUGAGCGGCAAAGUUUGAGUUUGUGACUUUCAGAGAAUAAAGGUGACGACUCAUUUAAGGGCUUAUUUUUAUACUUAUCGUGUCAGCCCAUUUCCAAGAUUUUAAUUGGAUUAGGAUUGACUGUCUGGUACCGUCUGCUGGUACACGCAGAAAGAAAGUUAAAGGGAAACGUGUGUUGUCUUCUAAAGAAAAGACAAUUUAAUGAAGUAAGACAUUCUGUCACAGAUGGACUUGUUUUUUAAUUAUAAAAAAAAGUAUAUGAAGAAGAAAACCACGUCUUUCAUUUCAAAGACUUGGGGACACUCCUGAAACUAACAAACUUUUAAAAAAGUAGAUUGAGAGAAAAGUGAAAUGUUGAAGGAAAUUCCUUUAUUUAUUGUCUAAUGGUUUUCCAAACUGCCUUGUGGGUGUUUUUACCCCCCUAUUCUGUCUCUGUUUCUUUUAGUGACCCCCGUAACAAAUGCCUUACUACUCCCAAUUCGGGACCCCUUCUGAGGCCUCCCUAUCACUACUGUUACAACAGGAGAAGCCUAUGAUGGCUUAGCAAUGAAUGCAGGCACAUAAGAGACAGAAGAUUUUUAGUGAUAUUAUUUAUUUACGCCAGCAUUCGGUGAUAGAUUGGCACAUGAAACAGACGUAAACAAGUGCGAAUCGAAAUGAGUUUAUAUGUUUUAUAAAAGUAUUUGUAUGAAUGUAGAAGAGCAUCUGCAAAGCACUUCAAGGGGAAAAGCUUGAGAGAGAACAAGAAACCCGGAAAUCCUAGUUUUCUUUUACAUAAACAACAAGCGCCUUUAUAAACAGGCCAGUGUUUGGAGCGUUUCAGUGUUGUGUUGAAAUUGUUUUACUGAAAAAGGGUUGCAAAAAGGGCAUUUGCAAGGGGGUAAAUCUGCCAGUCACUGCCUUACAGUCUUGUCUUGUGUACAUUUUUUUGUUUUUUCCUUUAAUAUUGUUUUUAUAACCACAUUUUUGGAACACUGAUGUAUUAAGCUGUGUUAAUAGGCUGCUGCUCUGCAUCUCCUUUCCGCAAACAUUCCUGAUAGCUAGCACCCAUCUCACAGUGUUCCUGAUCUCUCACGAGCACUUCAUUUCAAUAUUGAUCAGCUGCAGCUGACCCUUGACCACGAAAAAAAAUCUCCCGGUCUUUACGAAACCAAGGAGAUGUGGUUGAUAUAUUUUAUGUCAUUAAUCCCUCAGGUCCAGCAUUUCCGUGUGGUCUAAUCAUAUUCCAGCUCCUUUUGGCUUGGAUAGUGAGCAUAUGUGUUUUGUGUCGGGUACGUGGCUAACGAGGUUGCUAAUGGUCUGCUAGCGCUCUGUCACUCCUCAGGGAGGUGUUAUAUGGCAUGCAGUGUUUCUGCAUCUUUAGCGGUUCCCACCUCACCAGCCUUGACGGUGACAUCUGUCAUGUCUGCUCAGGAGGCAUGAGAAAGGGAAACACUACUAUGUAGUGAUGCCCCUGGCUUUCUGCAGCAUGUCUGUAUGUUAACCCCCUCUUAUAUUCCCUAAUGCAUGACACAGGGAUCUAAGCCUUGGGUUUACAUCUAAAGUUUUUUUUUUUUUUAGGAGGAACAUGUUCAUUUAACUAGACUGUGGCACAUAAAAUGUUCCUACUUUUUUGUUUGUUUUUAGGAUGUCCUUGUCCUAGCGUUCAAUUGUGCCUAAACAUUCUGAAAGCCGUAUGUUAAGUGUACAGCUAUAAAAUAAUAUUUUGCCAUAUUUCAAAGCUUGGGAUGGUUUGGAGCACAUUCCGGAGCUGUUUUGUUAUUUUGCAUGUAUACUAAGCUUAGAUAACCCUUCUUUCAUUCGUAACCUUUCACGUCCCAUUAUACAGUGCUCCAGGUAUUUUUGAAAAUCCAGUACCUUUGUGUAAAUAUGUUUUGCUUUGUUUAGAUCUACUUGUUUAUGAGAAUUCUUAUGUUUCUAAAAUGGUUAUGUACUAAAACGAACGAAAAGCAAAUGUACUUCUAUUAGCGUUGUUAAGGCGAGGACGCGACUUUGUGUCGGUCUCGCAUAACUAGAACAGGCAUAGAUAUUUUCUAUCUUCAAUAUUAAUUUCCUAUACUUGUUUAAAAGUAGUUUAAAUCAUUGUAUAUAAACAGCUUUUCACAGUUUCUUUCUACAGACAAAGUUGUAAAAUAUGUUACUUCUAAUAAAGCAGUAGGAACUACAA